AUGGCAAACAAUCGAUCCUUACCGAGUAAUAAAAACACCUUACAUCCGGCUUUCGCCGUUUCCAAUAUCAAAGUUUUGAUCCCUGUUACACUAGAUAUCAAACAAGACGAAUACUCUUCAUGGGUUCUCCUAUUUCAACUUCAUCUUCAAGCGCACAACCUCCUUUUUCUUAUAGAUAGUUCUUCCCCCACACCAGAUCUUGACGCUGUCACCAUCCUACAGCUUGACGCCCUAUGCCGUCAAUGGAUGUUCUCCACCAUGACCAAAGAUCUGAUGCUGACUGUUCUCAAAACUGGAAAAACUGCGAAGGAUUUAUGGGAUCAUCUCAAACGUCUCUUCCAAGACAACAAAGGAAACCGCGCUGCCAGCCUUGAAUGUAAGUUUGUCAAUCUAAAAUUUAUUGACUGUAACAACGUUGAUGAUUAUUGUGAUAAGCUACAGGCACUCUCCAAUCGAUUGAGUGACCUCGAGUUUCCAAUGGAUGAAAAACGACUAGUUAUCCAGCUUGUCAAUGGACUUCCGUAG